CCUGUGUCAACUGUGUUCAUCCACUGCUUGGCUUGAAUUUCCUCCUCUCUGUCACUUCUGUGACAGAUCACAGGAUUUUCUUCUGAGUUCUCCUUUAGGUUUAUCACCUCUUUUCCUUCUCCCCUUUGCAGCAAAUGUUCCAACUUCUUCUCAGGGCUUUUUUUGAUCUCUUGUAGAUCUGUUUUUCAGUUGGUUUUAUCCCAUCUCUCCAUCUCCCUAAAGAAAGGAGGAUUCUCUUGUCCUGUUUUGGUGUUGCUUUUUGAUAUCAUGAUUUUUAAUUAUUAUUAUUAUUAUGACUACAUUUACAUGUGCACAUAUUUAAAAGGGUUUUUUUUUUUACUUGUAUCUAUAUUAAUGAGUGAUUUCUUAUAUUUUGUGGGUUUUAUUAAAUAGCUUCUAUGCCCAUAGAGGUAAAUUGAACUCCAGUGCCACUAAAAAGCACAUGUCAACUUAUUAUUUUUGAGUGUGGAUCAUUGGAAAAGCUAAUGAACUCUUAACUUAAGAGCUAUUUAUUGAGGAGAAAUUGGGGGGGGUUUUUUCUGGUCAUUGUCUCUGGAACAUCUGAGCUGUUAAUAAUGGGAGCAGAAACCACUUUCCUGAUGCAGUUCAGUUGGUUCCUCAAUUUUAAACAAGUAGUCAUUGGUCUGAACAGUGUCCCUGAUCUGAGACAAAGAUUCCUUACUUGAAGGAGCUGCUACUGUUAUAAAUUAAUGCUGGAGUUUUAACAAACCUUCAGAUUGAUGCAGUUAGGCACUGAAUUCCACCCAGGUGUUAACUUUGUAGCCAUGUAUUUCUUAAAAGGCUUAUUUAAAUUAAUGGGUAUUUCCUAAAAGGCUUAUUUAAAUUAAUGGGUAUUUCUCGAAAGGUUUAUUUAAAUUAAUGGGUGUUUCUUAAAGGUUUAUUUAAAUUAUUAGGUGUGUUUCUUGAAAGGUGUAUUUAAAUUAUUAGGUAUAACUUGAAAAGUUCACUGUGCUUCCACAGAGGUCUGGGUUGCUCCUUGUGGUCAUAAAUAACUUGGGAAAUGGGACAAGCAGUGUCUUGUUGAUAGGAAGCCAUUCAGGAAAGUAAGGAUUAGGUAAUAAAUUGGCAGAUAUAAUUCAAUGGUGAUAAAUCUGAUGUAAUUCAGAGUAGAUAAAUGUAGAGUGGUGCAUAUAAUUUCAUAUAUAAAAUGAUGGGCUGACCCUUAACACUGGGGAAUGAAAUACUGCCACAGAAGUGUCAGUUCCACAGGGAUCAAAAAGCAGAUGGAACAUUAAGAAGUAUUAGGAAGGAAAUAGGAGACAAACCAGGGCAUAACUGUGAAACUGUAUAAAUCAAUGGUUAUCCCACAUCUUCAGUUCUCUGUGGUUUUUUUUCUCGUCAUUCAUCCCAAGAGAUACAAAAGACUUGGAAAAACCUCAAAGAGAGGCAGGGAGAAUAAUGAAAGGUAUGGAAUAGCUGCUGCACAAGGGUCAGUGGAAUGAGCUGGAGCUCAGCCCGGAGAAGAGACAGCUGAAAGAAGGUGGUAAAAAUCUGUAGGAUAAUGAUCCGCUUGGGAAGGGGGAUACAGACAGACUUGCUGAUUUCCUCCCCUGCAAGACUGGAGGAGCAACAACUGAAACCAGUAAAAUCCAGGUUUAGAGCAAAAAAAAAGAAGGUGCCUUUUUGUGCAACAAAUAGCAGCCCAUGGAGUUCUUUGCCAGUGGGUGUUUUAGGAACAACACUGAGGCAGGGAUAUGGGACAUCCCCAUAUCCAAGUGGGGUGAUUGGACACGUUUGUGAAAAAUGAGUUAUUUGAGGGUUGUUACUCCACAGAAAUUGCCUGUAACUUAGGAAGUGUCUGAGUUUGGAAUCAUGGAAGUGUUGGGGUGAUUGCCAUCCCUGCUCUUGUUCCUCCCUAGGGGUCAUUGUUAAGAUGAAAUGGGAUGCUGAGCUAAAUGGCCAGAACUGUCCUAAUAUCAGGAAGUUGUGUAGGUAGUAAUAAACUUACAGUGCAGUUUCAGAGGAGACUGUAUAAAUCACAUAAUGUGCAUAUUCAUUAACCUAAUGGAGCUUAUAAACCUGUUUGAUCUGGGCUGUCUGCCCCAGCCUCCAUCCCUGAGACCCCUCUCAGUGUUAGGAGUGAGGUCUUCACCAUCAGCAAGGGAGAACAGGGGUCAACCUGGUGGUAGUACUUGUACUCUUGACUUGUAUUUUUGCAUUUUUCCUCCUCUUGUGCUCCUCACUGUCUCCUACACUCUCCCCUAAAAUUUUCUGGUGUGCCCACCCAUUUCUCCUGCUCUUGGUCACCUUUUUAACAGUUCCUCACCUCUAGUCAGUGUUUGUUGUCAGUCAAACCAAACAGAACUUUGCCCUUUUGUGUGGCUCCUCAGGAUUGACAGAGCCAGUCAGGGAUCACUGUGGUGAAGCUCUGGAAAGCCCCAAGUGCAGUAGUUGCCUUCAUGAAAAGGUAGAACGUGGCUCAGUGGUUCCUGUUCUCGGUGCUGCUUGGAAGUGUGGAGGGGUUGGAAGUUGGUUACAUAUUAAUGACACCUUUGCCAGGUCUGUGGUCAGCUGCUGGAGCCAGAGAAGCACAAUGUCUGGAACUGAUGAUUUUUCGUUGGCAGAUGCUUUACCAGACCAGUCGCCUGCUAAAACCUCCAAAGUGAGCAGCUCCAAGCCUGGCCAGCAGCCCGGGCAGCCUCCGCAGGGCUGGCCGGCUUCCAACCCUUGGAAUAACCCCAGCGCCCCCCCUAUGACACCGACAGGACUGCCACCAAACACAUCCGCUUCCAGCGUGCCCUUCGGACCUCCUCCCACGGGAAUGUAUCCUUCAAUGCCCCCGGGACCGCCUGCUCCAUUUCCUCCUCCUCCUACCGGACCCUCCUGCCCUCCUCCUGGUGGUCCAUAUCCACCCCCAACUGUGCCAGGUCCUGUCCCGCCAGGGCAGUAUCCGCCACCAAAUAUGCCCUUUCCAGAGCUUCCAAGACCUUACGGAGGUCCAACGGAGCCAGCUGCGCCUCCUGCUCCUGUUGGGCCAUGGGGAUCCAUGCCCUCCGGAGCAUGGGGACCAACAAUGGGAGGGCAGUAUCCUGCUCCCAGCAUGCCAUAUCCACCCCCUGGGCCAUAUUCCGCUCCUACCCAGACUCCAGGGGCCGCGCCGACGGUGCCGUGGGGCACGGUCCCGCCUGGAACGUGGGGACCUUCACCGCCAGGGCCAUUUCCUCCACCCACAGGAUCAUAUCCAGCUCCAGGACUAUAUCCUACGCCCCCUAAUCCUUUUCAAGUGCCAUCUGGUCCUGCUGGUGCUCCGUCAAUGCCUGGUGGUCCCCAUCCUUACCGUUGAACACAUUCUGGGCAACAAAAUACUGUAGUUUUCCACCUUCAUCCACUACUUACAGAGAUUUUUACAGUUUUUGUUUCAGUAAUGUUUGGGGCUAUGAAGAGUGUUGCCUCUUGUAUGUGCAUCUGAGGUAUGAAGGAGCAGUUUACAUCAAUUUACCUUGCUCAUAUGCUGGCGUAAUUGUUUGGUUUAAUAAAGUGAAUUACAAAGAGAAGAAAUCAACUAACAUCUGUGGUUCUUACCUUGCAAGCAUUCCUUGGAAAAACAAAACGGGAGUUGCCGUGUAAGGACUGUAAAGAAUCGGGCCCAUGGAGUUAAAAAAAAAGUUAAUUCUUAAAUUUCCAUUAAUGCUUUAAGUCUUGUUGCCAGACUCGUGCUGGCGACCGAACGGAUGGAUAGUCAUAUUUUGUCUAUUUUCAGGUUAUUCUAAAAUGUCAAUAAAUGAGGUGUUUCAACAUUUUAGUCAAGAAACCUAAUUCCUGAACGUGCUACAGUAACUGUAACGAGACAGAGCAUGUGAACUCCAAGGUUUUCUCAGCAUUUUGUACAUACUCAAACCAAUUCCUCAGUCUGGGACUACGGAGGAGAAGGAGCCGCGUUUGAGACCCUCGGUGUGACUUGUCAGCCACCGGGGUGUUGGUGUUCCCAAACAGGCGUUUCUGUGCAAGUGGAAUAACCUGGAUGUGCAGUUUUGACUUUGGAUCAGCAAAUGUGAGUUUUUGUGCAUGCCAAUGAGGACAUUCCCGUUGCCAGUUCUCAUUCUGUGGUGAUUGGAAGUUUGGCUUGGUCCGUGUAAAGAGAAACCGAUCCCCUCGUAGGUACUUCCCUAUUUCUGACCUGGGUUCUAGUCAUUUCAAAUUCUGACUUGGCUGCUGGGCUGUGCAAACCCAGCAGACUGUUUCAGAUCCCUGGAAACUGAACUCGAGCUUAAAAGGUGAAAAAACCACCCCCCCACCCCGACCAUCCCCUUCCCAGCAGUUUUUGGCACGACGGUUCCGUCGGCUACAGAGAUCCUUGUUGAGGACGAGGGGGGUCUCUCCUUGGGGCUCUGCUGGAUGUUAUCCUGGGAGCAGCCCCCUGUUCUCACCUGGGUGUGUGCAUACCUCACGGAGUCAGUGGAAUUUGGGAGAGAUUGAAUGUCAGGAAGCCUGUGCACUGCUGUGUAGCUGCCCCCCCGGCCUCCGAAGGGGCGCUGCCGCGAGUUUUCGUGUUCUUGCCAUAUCUGCGCAAAGCACAUCCAAGGGGUUUGCCAAGACACAGCCACGUGUCAGCCAGGAGUCCUGGCCCUCUUGGUGGUACUUCAUGGCCUGGGCUUGGGCCACAGACAGUUUGUUUCAUCCCCAGCUGGGGGAUCUCCUAACUUAGCCUCUGUGGGUAGAAGUAGGAACAGAUUUUCGCUUCACAUGGUAGCUCAUUAGGGAGUCUUUGUAUCAUGGAACUGUGAAAAUGAGUUUAAUUCUCUUCCAGUACCUUCGUGGCUUCCUGCAUGCAUGUGAUGGACAUCUUAAAAACACGUGGGGUGACCUGGUGGUGACUCUUGUUGGUAGUUGUAGCCUUUAUGGCAAAAUCCUACAGUAUUUGUGCAGGAGGAAGCAGCCAGCUGAGCUAUGCCUGUUUUAAUCUAAUGUCAUGAAAACUGAUAGCAAAGGAAUGUGCAGUUUUUGUUUUAGGAAGGCAAUACUGGAGCUGAACAAAAAUACUUAACAUUUCAACUUAAAACCCAGCAACUUAACCUUAGGAAUAGGAACCAAAAGUACGAGUCUCCACUAACCUUAAACAAACCCCAGUUGCCCCCCCCCCAGCAGUCUUGGCUUGGAUCUUGGCAAGACUAACUAAAAACUAACAUAAGAAACAUGGACUGCAUUUGCUGAAGUGCUUUUUUGAUACCUGCAGCCUUAGAGUAUAAAUCAAUGUAAUGAAAACACAUUUAUUCCAAAUGAAUGGAUCAUGCAGUAGCAGCACUCCAGCUGGAAUUGCACUGGCCGUAUGUCUCUGCAGGGAAUGGGAAGAGGUAGGAAAGCAAAAGUAGCAAGUAAUGCUUUUUGGAAAGGGGUUUUGUAAAAGUAACUAGACUUCUAGGUUCUUCCUGAAAUAGGCAGGAUUUAUUACUGGAACAUUUAGGCUAAAAUUCAAUAUAUAUGGGAUGUUUUUCAAUGUAUAUUCGUAUUUCUUGAGGUCAUGAAAACUGUUUCAUAACCCCUUUGUUUUUGUGAGCAGAGUUCUUUGCAUAGCAGUGAAAAGGGUAUUUCCUGUUAAUCUAUUGUGUAAAAACUCAAGGUGUCACUAUAUACCGUGUAGUAACUUUAUCACAUGUUAUGUCAAGUGUGAGCAACUUCUGGCCUGAAGCUUUUGCAAUGGAAUUUGUACAUUUCUAUGCAUCAUUUGAGUUCAACUGCUGAGAAGUUCGUUUUGACUUGUGCUUUGAGGUUGACAUACUGCAUUUGUUUACAAUACAGAAUAUAAGCAAUCACAUCUUUAAAGUAUAGAUUAUCACCUGCUGCUGUAUUUUCUUUAGAUGAAACAAAUAUUGCUGUAUGAUAGUGAGAAGCUAUAAAUACAGGAUUUGAUAUUUUUUUGAAAAUGCUGUCACUUUUGUAUAAGAUUAGACAUUAAACGUAUUUUCAAGACUGUUGUGUUCACUGUUUUUCAAUUCCUGCUUUUGACAUGCCUGUGUAGACUUUUGCCUUGAAUGAAUAGUAAAAAUAGGACAUCCUUGAUUU